AUGAGCCCGGCGCUGGAGGAGGAGGCGGCGGCCGGGCGCGAGCGAUGGAGCCGGGCGGGCGCGGCCAGGAAGGCGGCGGGGCUGCUGGCUGCGGCGUACGGGCUGAAGCUGCUCUGCCGGCGGCUGCGGCGGGCGGGCUGCGAGCGGGCUGAAGCCGGAGAGGAGCGUCCCCUGGCGGAGCCGCUGCAGUGCCCCGGGCGCGCCUCGCCGGCCGCCGACGCGCAAUUCCUCCGGCAGCUGCUGGCGCUGCGCAAGAUCCUCCUCCCCGAGCUGGCGAGCCGCGACUCGGCCUGGCUGUGCCUCCACUCGGCGGCGCUCGUCUCCAGGACCUUCCUGUCCAUCUACGUGGCCGGCCUCGACGGCAAGAUCGUCAAGAGCAUCGUGGAGAAGCGGCCGCGCGCCUUCGCGCUCAAGCUCAUCAAGUGGCUGCUCGUCGCCGUCCCCGCCACCUUCGUCAACAGCGCCAUCCGCUACCUGGAGUGCAAGCUGGCCCUGGCCUUCCGCACCCGCCUGGUGGAGCACGCCUACCGCACCUACUUCGCCCACCAGACCUACUACAAGGUGGUCAACAUGGACGGGCGCCUGGCCAACCCCGACCAGUCGCUCACCGAGGACAUCAUGAUGUUCUCCCAGUCGGUGGCCCACCUCUACUCCAACCUCACCAAGCCCAUCCUCGACGUGCUGCUCACCUCCUACACCCUCAUCCAGACGGCCAGGUCGCGGGGCGCCAGCCCCGUCGGGCCCACCCUCUUGGCCGGCCUGGUGGUCUACGCCACUGCCAAGGUGCUGAAAGCCUGCUCGCCCAAGUUCGGCAAGCUGGUGGCCGAGGAGGCCCAAAGGAAGGGCUACCUGCGCUACGUCCACGCGCGGAUCAUCGCCAACGUGGAAGAGAUUGCCUUCUACAGAGGCCACAAGGUAGAAAUGAACCAGCUCCAGAAAAGUUACAAAGCUCUGGCCGAUCAAAUGAAUCUCAUUCUCUCCAAGCGUUUAUGGUACAUCAUGCUCGAACAGUUCCUGAUGAAAUAUGUCUGGAGUGGCAGCGGUUUGAUUAUGGUGGCUGUACCUAUCAUCACAGCAACGGGAUUUGCAGAUGGCGAAUUAGAAGAUGGCCAGAAACAAGCAAUGGUCAGUGAGCGAACGGAAGCCUUUACUACUUCCCGAAACUUACUGGCCUCUGGUGCGGAUGCCAUCGAACGGAUUAUGUCAUCUUACAAAGAGGUCACCGAGUUAGCCGGCUACACUGCUCGGGUGUACAACAUGUUUUCGGUCUUUGAUGAAGUGAAGAGAGGCAUUUACAAAAGGACAGCUGUGUCUCAAGAACACGAAAAUGACAACACAAAGAGGGAGAAAACAGAACAGAAUAUUGACGGGCCCUUAGAAAUCAAGGGAAAAGUGAUAGAUGUUGAUCAUGGGAUUAUCUGUGAAAAUGUUCCUAUAAUUACCCCAAAUGGAGAUGUGGUGGUUUCCAGACUAAACUUCAAAGUUGAAGAAGGAAUGCAUCUUCUAAUCACUGGUCCCAAUGGCUGUGGGAAAAGUUCUCUCUUCCGAAUUCUAGGUGGCUUAUGGCCCGUCUAUGAAGGAGUCCUCUACAAGCCACCUCCUCAGCAUAUGUUCUACAUCCCACAAAGGCCCUACAUGUCCAUUGGAACACUGCGUGAUCAAGUUAUUUAUCCUGACUCAGUGGAUGACAUGCAUGAAAAGGGGUACCAAGACCAGAAUCUGGAGUCCAUCCUGCAGAUCGUUCAUUUGAACCACAUAGUUCAGAGAGAAGGAGGGUGGGAUGCUGUCACAGACUGGAAAGACGUCUUAUCUGGGGGAGAAAAGCAGAGGAUGGGCAUGGCCCGGAUGUUUUACCACAAGCCCAAAUAUGCAUUACUUGAUGAAUGUACAAGUGCUGUCAGCAUUGAUGUUGAAGGAAAGAUAUUCCAGGCCGCAAAGGGAGCUGGUAUUUCCUUGCUUUCAAUCACGCACAGGCCGUCUCUUUGGAAAUACCACACUCACCUGCUGCAGUUUGAUGGGGAAGGAGGCUGGCGCUUUGAACAGCUGGACACUGCUAUCCGCUUAACCCUCAGUGAGGAGAAACAAAGGCUGGAAUCUCAGCUUGCAGGAAUGCCAAAAAUGCAGCAAAGACUGAAUGAACUUUGCAAAAUCUUAGGGGAGGACUCUGUGCUGAAAACAAAUGGAUAAAGAGGAAUAAAUGCUUGAAUUUAGA